AGGAGGAAGGAAGGAAAAAGCUCAAAGAGAAGUAAAAGCACAGCAAAAGUAGAGUUCCGCCUACUCUAGCCUUCCGUGGGUUUUUUUUUUUGGUCUAAAGGGGGGAGAAGUCACAUUGCAAAGGACUGUACCUUCUUAAUGGGGCAAUAAAAAAUAGUUUUCCACUCUCCAUCUCUCCUUUUCUGGUGGGACCCUCCGUGGAGUAAUGUUCACGUGAGCGCUUGUUUUUACGGUGCCUCUGGCAGACCCUAGCCGAGCUCUCCGGGAGGGAAGGGGGAAGAACGAACACUCACGGACACACACUCGGACACAGAGAGAAACGUACUACCUGGGCCCCGGAGGAUUUUCCACUCAGUCAUGUGUGUUGCCAAAGAAGUUGCUGCUGCAGGAGCCCAACCCCAGAGUGGCAGUGUACCCCCCGUCACCCAGUGCCCAUGACCCAAACGUGGUUGGAGACAGCGCCCUCCCUGAUGGGACCUCGGUCAUAACCUUGGAGUCUGUGCUCUCAGGAAAGAAGAAGCGAGGGAGGGUGUUUGGUUCCUACUCUGGGGAGGUGAAGACAAAUGAAGGAGGAGUGGAGGACAAAGCCCCCCGGCCACCGGACAUGAACCCUGUGAUCAAUGCUACGACUGUCAGCACUGACAUGUCCCUUAUCAGUAGCUCACUGGCAGCCUUCAACUAUAUAGCAGACCACCCAGAGCGCGCGGCGCUCUACUUUGUGUGCGGCGUGUGCCUGGGCCUUCUCCUCACCCUGUUUGCUCUGGUGGUCCAGAUCUCGUGCCGCACCGACUGCCAGCCUCGCCGCCGCUGCCCCGGCACCACCAUCAAGAACCGCCUGCGGCCCACCGACUCCUCAUCGGACUCCAGCGACUCAGACUCGGACUGGGAAACCACGUCGGAUCUAUCCGCGCGCCGCCACCGCCGCUUCGAACGCACGCUCAACAUGAACGUGUUCACGUCUGCGGAAGAGCUGGAACGGGCACAGCGGCUGGAGGAGAGGGAGAGGAUCAUACGAGAGAUCUGGAUGAACGGUCAACCCGACAUACCCGGGACGCGUAGCCUCAACCGCUAUUAUUGAGGCAAGAACGUAAAUGAACCACUACUAGAUCUAGAUGAACCCGGGACGGGGAGCCUCAACUGCUAUUAUUGAGGACCGUAAAUGAACCGCUACUAGAUCUAGAAAGGGUGCUGUGAAGGUUGGAGUGCAGUACUUGAGAUGGGAUGUGUAGGACCACAAAAACACACUAGGGUUUGGGGAUGGGGGGAAGGGACCCCACCACCGGACCUGGUUUUCGGAGAUGUGCAUGAUAACAGGACCACUUUGGACUGCGGGGGUUUGGAACCGCACGAUGGAACACAGUGACGCUUGCAGACCAGGAAGGAUAAAUAUCCCCCUCUGUCUGUCUGUCAGUCUGUGUCCGUGUAGGCACUGUAAAGCAACAAAAAAAACUGCUAAUGCAGUGAGAAUAAGCUCCUACUUCUCAGCAUCGUAAGCUUGACCCGGAGCCUGCCUCUCAUUGGUGGAGGAUGAAGGUGAAAGGUCAGCUAACUGCACUGCCUCACAUUUUACCUCAUCGCACCCUCCUGAAGUGGAGGAUCUUGAGAUUCUGAGACUGUGAAGCCUGAAAGGUCAAAGGUGACUUAAGGACAGUUGCCAAUGUUACUCCAGUGUUGCCUAGUGGAUAUUGAGAAUUGGGCAAAUCUGAAAGCGUGCAGCUUGCUUUAUGCUCACUCACACUCCAGUAUUCAAAUGGUCGAAUGGCUUUAGGAGAGGCGUAACACUUACAGUUAAAAGGACAUCAUGACACUCAAGUGAAACUUACAGCGUAACACUUACAGUAAAAUUGGACAGUGGACCAACAACGUCACAAUCUUUAAGAGGAAAAUGACCAUGGUCAACCAGCGCUGUCUUUUGAACUUUGAACCCAAAAUGUUUUUUUUUUUUAUUCUUCUCAAACAUUUUAUGAAAUCUAUUUUAUAUAAUAUUUAAUAGUUGUAUUGUUGUGUAUUUUUGUCUUUACGGUUAUUAUUAUGAGAUAUUUUUAUACUGCGGUUAUCAAAACUUGUCUGGCACCUCAGGGAGUCCAAAAUGGCACUCUAUUUCCUUUAUAGUGCUCUACUUUUGGCUAGAACCUUAUAAGGGUCUGGCAAAUCUCUGGCUAAAAUUAGUGCACAACAUAGGGAAUAGGAUGCAGUUUUGGGUGUAGCCCCUAGCGUUUUUGUGUAUGGUAGUUUCUAUUUGCUUCUUAAGAAGAGGAUUGGGGCCCGAAUUCAUUAAGCUUCUCAUUGUAGGAGUGCUGAUCUAGGAUCAGGUCCCCCAUGUCCAUGUAAUCUGAUUCAUUAUGAUAUAAAAUGUUAAACUGAUCCUAGAUCAGCACUCUUACUCUUGAGUCACUUCAUAAAUACAGUCAAUACUAUACAAUACUCCAGAUGUGUCAGCAUUUGAGCAUUGGGCCAGUAACCGAAAGGUUGCUGUACAGGAUCCCCGAGCUGACAAGGUAAAAAUCUGUCGUUCUGCCCCUGAACAAGGAAGUUAACCCACUGUUCCCCAGGCGCCGAAGACGUGGAUGUUGAUUAUGGCGCACCUCUCUGAUUCAGAGGGGUUGGGUUAAAUGUGGAAGACAUUUCAGUUGAAUGCAUUCGGUUGUACAACUGACUAGGUAUCCCCCUUUGCCAUUUAUAAAAAUAAAAACACCUCGAGUGAUUUAAUAAGCGUAUUUCUUAUAUGUUUUAAUAUGCAGUGGCCUACCUGGCAACAGGAUGUCUAUUGGUGGAGAAGGUAACCCACCUCGAGUGAUUUAAUAAGCUUAUUUCUUCUAUGUUUUAAUAUGCAGUGGCCUACCUGGCAACAGGAUGUCUAUUGGUGGAGAAGGUAACCCACCUCGAGUGAUUUAAUAAGCGUAUUUCUUACAUGUUUUAAUAUGCAGUGGCCUACCUGGCAACAGGAUGUCUAUUGGUGGAGAAGGUAAAACACCUCGAGUG